UUAAUUCCUUUUCCAGUUCAAAUUAAAGCUUUAAACCCUAAAUUAAAAUCUGUCGAGUGCCGAAUUGUCCAGCCCAUCAAGCAGCCGCUCCUUCGCUGCUCACCACCCACCUAGCAGUCUAGCUCCAUCCACCGUCCACGUAAAGCAGCCUCCAAGCCGUCACAGUGAGAAGACUCUGCUUUCUGGACUCGCUUCACAAUGGCUAUUCUCUUCCACAAAUUCCAACAGGCAGUGAAAAGUCUUGCGAAAAAUCCCAUGUUUGCUAAGGAUCCUAGACAACUACAAUUCGAAGCAGACAUAAAUCGGCUGUUUCUUUAUACCAGCUACAAUCGUUUGGGAAGGAAUGCUGAAGAGGUGGAUGCAGAGGAAAUUAUUGAUAUGGCAAAUAAAGCCUCCGUUUCUGAUCAACAGAAGCAAGUCCAAGAAAACAUCCACUCACAAAUCAAAAGUUUUUGCAUGUCUAUGGAUGAAAUUCUUCUCCCUAAUAAUAAAAAGAUAGAUGAGGCAUUUGAAUUGCCUCCACAAUCAGCUGCUGCUCCUCGUCGUAGUGGCCUUAGUUUUGCUGUUGGCAAGGAUGACCAGCCUAAUUACCAUGCUGUUAUACCGGAAACAAGGCCAUCAAAACAAGCUGAGGUCUCUGAAAGACUAAAGGACCUCAUUGGUUACCGACUUGAUAUCAAGCCAUCUCAAAUACUCCACGAAGAAGCCGGGCAAGGCUUAUUUUUAGAUGGUGAAGCCAAUGUGGGUGCAGUCAUAGCUUUUUACCCCGGCGUAAUAUACUUCCCGGCUUACUACCGUUACAUUCCUGGAUACCCAAAAGUUGAUGCGCGAAACCCAUAUCUGAUCACUCGGUAUGAUGGAAGUGUGAUCAAUGCCCAAACUUGGGGUUUUGGGGGUGAAGGCCGUGAAGUUUGGAAUGGCCUAAGCAUGGCAGAAUUUAAGCCAGAUAUGCAAGGUGUUGAGAAGGGUUCAGAACGUGUCUGGAAAUUGCUCAGUACUCCUUUGGAAGGUACACGAGCAGGUAUCAAGGGUGAUGUAUUGGAGCGGAGAAACCCAUUGGCUUUUGCUCAUUUUGCUAACCACCCAGCAAAAGGCAUGGUCCCCAAUGUCAUGAUUUGCCCUUAUGAUUUCCCUUUAACUGAGAAGAACAUGAGGCCUUAUAUUCCAAAUAUAUUGUUUGGAAAUGCUGAAGAAGUAAAGAUGAAAAGAUUUGGCAGCUUUUGGUUCAAAUUUGGGGGUUCAGGAAAUGGUGGGUCAGAUGUUGCUGUUCUGAAGACACUGGUUCUGGUGGCUACUAGGGCACUUUGUGAUGAAGAACUGCUCUUAAACUACAGGUUGAGCAGCUCUAAGCGACGGCCAGCCUGGUAUACUCCUGUGGAUGAAGAGGAGGAUCGAAGGAGAUGGAGCUAAAUUAGUGUAAGUCGACUUAAAGCCAUAAAUACAUCGGAUUCCUUCAUUUUACCCUGGGCCAUAUUUAUUUCUUGUUCUUACUUCGCGUCAGACUUCAUUUCUACUGUUGCCUAAACCAACUUUCCCCCAAUGCCUUGUGUUUUCUUUAUAUGCAGAGUCGGAGCAACAACUGUUACAAGGGAAUUACAGUUAGUUUUAUUUUGCAAUUAUUUGUUUUAUGAAAUGAUCAAAGAUGGAAAAGAAUAAAUAAAUGGACAUAGCUGGUGACGUUACUAAACAAAAUGAUGAUAUUCAGGCAUUUGCCAUGAUGGAUUCAAGAAUUUUGGUUCCGAAGGGACAUUUGUUAUCCCGCUUUUAAGCAGGCAUGGUAUCCAA